GUUCCCCAUAGCCAUGGCAACAGGUUUGGAGAUAUCUCCGAUGUGCCAAGUGGGUGGAUAUAUUAUAUGAGGUGGAUAUAGCCUACUAUAACAAGUCCGCACCAGUCCCGAAAGAAACCUACAGACAAGUAGUGGAAAGACGGAGAUCGAGUCGGUUGCGUUGAGGUCCUUCGGGUUUUCGUGUAUUUCUGACGGAGACCUCCUGGUGAAAGUGACCGGUUUGGGGUUUUGUUGGUGUCUGCUUUGAAGGAUACUGUGAAUAACAAGAUACGGAUUAUUAUACGAGGGACUAUGGCAGUUUUAGUGGACAACUUAACGCCGCGGUUGUUGGCUCUUCUGUGGUCGACCGUGCUGCUGAGCAGAGGCGCAGCUGACUGCCCUAAACCACCAGAGAAAGAGCACAUCGUCCUCACCAACGAAUCACUUUUAAAGAACGCUUUCCCCAAGGACACUGAAGUCACGUUUGUCUGUACGAAUGGCUAUGAAAAACACAACGGCUCCGAAAGGAUUACGUGCACUGGUACGGAGUGGACCCAGCCUGACCUCAUGUGUAAAAAGAAGGACUGUGGAUAUCCGCAAAAACUUCCGAACAUGAUAUUGAUUGUGAAUGGUGGUACCCUAUUAGGCGCUUCAGUAAAAGUAACCUGUGAGGAAGGCUACCGAGUCCUUGGGUCUUCCUUCAAACGCUGCUUCGCUAGUGGAUGGAUCGGGAGAUCAAGGUGUGACCUUAUUGUUUGCGACGUGCCCAUUGAGGUCAUCAGUGGCCAACACACCUGGACCUCUGCAGAAAAGCCGCGCCACGGCGACAUCAUUCAGUACUCCUGUGACCCCGGCUUCACCCUCAACGGCACCAGCCACGUCAUCUGCCAAGGCAGGGGCGUUUACAACACGACACCUCCAACCUGUGAAGCUGUAGUUUGCGACCUGCCCAGUGAGAUCAACGAUGGCCGACAUCUCUGGACCUCUGCAGACCGGCCACGCUACGAGGACGAGAUUCAUUACUCCUGUAACACCGGCUUCACCCUCCACGGCAGUAGUCACCUUAUAUGCCAAAGCCCGGGCGUUUACAAUGCAGCCCCUCCAACGUGUAAAGAAGACGAAUCCACUACCCCUACAUUGAAUAUAACCUCAACCCCUCGGCCUUCAAUACAAGGUGGCAUAUAUACGGUAGCGGCGACAGAGGAUAAUCUGAUGAAUACGGAAGCCUCCAGCCGCUCCUCACCGUCCUUAGUAGCAGUGACCGUACCAGCAACACCUGGGACUCAUGGUGCAAAUACCAUUAUGACAACGCACAAACAUGCAAUCUCGACGAAAUCCAGGACUCCAGCGGCGAGUACCCCGGAGUCUCUCGUCAGAGAGAAAGAUAGUCCCUCAUCUUUAGGCAGACUGGACAGUAUUUCAUAGCAUUUCCAUUUUCAACACGGUAAGGCCAACAUUUAUGGUUAUUCUUCAUUUUACAUCAGAUUCUAAUCAACUUGUCUCCCCCCACAGCUCAAUGUUUGUCUGUCUCCCCGCCGCUGGGCUUAACGUUUCACCCGGUCAUAUCAUGUUAUAAUACCAAUAUCAUCUAAUAACAUAUCACGUUAUGUAAAAAUGCAAUAACAUUUACCCGUCAUAUCCCCUGUUACAUGAUCCAACAAAAUCUGAAUCUAAUAACAUCCCACAUGGGAAUUCUUCUACGCUAAUUCAUUACAAUAACAAUAAUACAAUUUGGUUGUGUUUUUAUUGAAAAAUAUAUUUGAACUCAACAGACAGACUAAAUCAUAAAGAAAAAAUGUAUCAUAAAGUUAGAAAAGUGAGAAAAAACAAAUCAACGAAAUUCAGUGAAUCAUAUUAAAACAUGGUUUGGAAAAUGUGUCCAAGUAGGGAGCUAGUGAUUCAAGCGCUGCCAGUACAUUAUUAAAAUGAAUGAUGAAGAAGUACUGAUUUGCUAAUGAGCAUGCAUUCAUGCAUUAACAAACCCAUUCCUCAUGCAUUCCUGUUUUCAUUCAUUGCAAAACAAAGCAAAAUGUUUUCCUUUUACGUUCACUAGAAACAUCUGUUUGGCAUGGUGGAUAUUCCAGAAGUGUAGAGAGCCCACGUAAAUCAAGAGACAAUCUCUAGCCAUACCAAGUCUAGUCCGGUUUAUUUAUCUAGCAAAGUCCCUUCGACAGCUCAGCACUGUCACUGAGCUCCACAGGCUGACAACGCGCUUUGAAACAAUUGGGACCUACUGUCGGACGAGGAAAAUGAAAGUCAGAUUAAGGCAAGAUCACAAAAGGAAACCUGUCAAAAUAUAAUGGACUGCACAGCGCUGCAUUAAUGCAAGAUUUGAUGACCAGCCUUAACUCUGAACCUUCAAAUGGCAAGGCUAGAAAUACCCAUUGAUCUGGUAUUGUUAUACUCUGAACCUUCAAACUAGCAAAGAUAUGAAUACCUGGUUUAGUAGUGGUAGAGUGAAGAAA